AUGGAAGAUGGUGCCCCAAAACAUAUCAUCCAAAUAACAGGAUUUAAGAUGGAAGAAAAGGAAGCACUAGGCAAAUUACUUUUAAAACUAGAUUGCACUUUUAUUAAGAGUGAGAAAUAUAAAAAUUGUACACAUCUUAUAGCUCAUCGCCUAUGCAAGAGUGAAAAAUUUUUAGCAGCUUGUGCAGCAGGAAAGUGGGUUCUAACUAAGGACUACAUAAUUCAGAGUGCCAAAAGUGGCAGAUGGCUUGAUGAAACAACUUAUGAAUGGGGAUACAAAAUUGAAAAAGACUCCCAUUAUUCACCUCAAAUGCAAUCUGCGCCAAAACGAUGGCGUGAAGAACUGAAACGCACUGGUGCUCCAGGCGCCUUCCACAGAUGGAAAGUUGUCCUCCUCCUUAGAGCUAAUAAACGAACUGAUGCUCUUAUAAGAGUUUUGAAGGCUGGGAAAGCAAAUAUUAUUUUACCGAAAAGUUCACCAAGUGGAAUAACUCAUGUGAUUGCCAGUGAUGCAAGAAUCAAGGCUGAGAAAGAAAAAGAUAACUUUAAGGCUCCAUUUUAUCCAAUUCAGUAUCUAGGGGAUUUUCUUUUAGAGAAAGAAACUAAGAAUUCUGCUUUCAUUGAUUAUGCCAAAGAAGCAGAAACCAAGGACUUCAGGACAGAUGUGGAUAUUGUUGAAAUAAAAAAUGCCUUAAGGAAGCACAUAUAUAAAGCUCAGGCUGUCAGAUACAACUGCAUUAGAAUAGAAAAACAACCAGUAUACAAUGUAGAGGUUAAAAAUGCUGAAUUUCCCAGAGGUGUAUUAAAUUUAAUUGAAAGCCUCAUAGAAGGACAAUUUUUUAAAGAAGCAAUCGAGGAACUUGCCUCUUUGCAAGCACGUUAUAUCCCUCCUGUAUGCCUUCUACAUGCUCUUCUAGAGAAUGUUCUACAGGAUAACAUAGAUACGUUUUCUGGUCGCUACUUUCAUAUAUUGUCAGCUCUUCUUCACCUGCAUCCUCCUUGGAAGUCCCCAGCCAUGUCAAGAUAUUACUUAGAGCUGUUUCAGUGUCCUACUUGUAUGAAAGGUGCAUGGUCUCUAGUAGAAGUGCUUAUCAGGUCUUGCCUUUUCAACGAAAGUUUCUGUCAUCAAAUUUCGAAAAAUAUUAUUGACUCUAAGGUACUCCACCUGACACUGCUCAAAUUUUUUUUAAAUUUAGUUGAAAGCGAAGUACAACAUCUGAGUCAAAAAUUGUACAACUGGACAGAUUCUCAGAAGAUGACAGGAAAGGCAAUUCUUCUUGAAAUCUUUUGGUCAGGAAAUGAGACCUCUGGGCUUUUAACCAAACCAGUAAAUAUGCUUUUGGAAUGGACUAUAUAUUCUUUCAAAGAAAAAUGCAAGUCUAAUGAUGUCUUCAAACAGGAACUAGCUUACCUAUUGACUGGAAUUCUUGGAACAGCAAUAGAUUAUUGGAUCUUCCUUGGUCUUAAGAUGGGUAGAAAUGUGAUGCGACACAUGUCUGAUGACCUAGGAAGUUAUAUUUCCCUCUCAUGUGAUGACUUUUCUUCACGAGAAUUAGAGAUUUUUAUUUGCUCCUUUUCCUCCUCUUGGCUUCAAAUGUUUGUUGCAGAGGCAGUUUUUAAAAAGUUGUGUUUACAGAGUUCCAUCAGUAUUUCUUCUGAGAUGCUCUCUCUUCAGAAAAUGGUAUAUUCAUAUUUGCCAGCGUUGGGGAAAACUGGUGUGCAUGGUGCAAGAAAGAUGCAGAUACCAAAGAAAACAGGACAGAGGCCCUGCUUUGAAUAUCAGAGAGCCUUACUCAUGCUGAAUGGUGCUAAACAGAAGCAAGUCGAAGGGCUGCCAGAGUUACCAGAGCUGAACCUUGCUAAAUGUUCUUCAUCAUUAAAAAGAUUGAAAAAGAAGACCGAAGGAGAAUUGUCAUGUUCCAAGGAGAAUUGCCCCUCUUUAGUUCCAAAGAUGAAUUUUCGCAAGACUAAUCUAAAAGGAGAAACAGCCCUGCAUAGAGCUUGCAUAAAUAACCAAGUGGAGAAAUUGAUUCUUCUUCUCUCUUUGCCAGGAAUAGACAUCAAUGUUAAAGACAAUGCUGGCUGGACGCCUUUGCAUGAAGCCUGUAACUAUGGCAACACAGUGUGUGUCCAGGAAAUUUUGCAACGUUGUCCAGAGGUAGAUCUGCUCACUCAAGUGGACGGGGUGACUCCUUUGCAUGAUGCACUGUCAAACGGACAUGUAGAAAUUGGCAAGCUGCUACUACAGCAUGGGGGCCCAGUGCUUUUACAGCAGAGGAACUCUAAAGGGGAAUUGCCUUUGGAUUAUGUGGUAUCGCCUCAAGUCAAGGAAGAGCUGUUCUCUAUAACAAAAAUCGAAGACACAAUGGAGAACUUUUAUGUACAAACAGAGAAACAUUUUCACCAGCAGCAACUUGAAUUUGGUUCAUUUUUACUUAGUAGGAUGUUGCUAAAUUUUUGUUCAGUUUUUGAUUUAACUUCAGAGUUUGUCUUAGCUUUCAAAGGGUUAACUCACCUAAAUGAGUUGCUUAUGGCCUGUAAGAGUUAUAAAGAAACCACCGGUGCUCAUACUGACUGGUUACUGGAUCUUUAUGCUAAAAACAUAAAGACAUUGCAGACGCUCCCACAUAUGCUUAAGGAACUGCCUGAGAAUUUGAAAGUGUGUCCUGGAGUACACACUGAGGCCUUACUGGUGACAUUGGAAAUGAUGUGUCGGUUAGUCACAGAGUUUUCAUGAUGAUGGCAGAAAGUUUGAAUCAAGUUUCUAUACCUGUCCAACUUGCUUUGUCAUUUGUUAUGGACUUCAUAGCUUAUUGACAAGUACUACUUUAUUUAAUGACACUGCACUUUGAUAAAUUUAAAAUGCACUUAAAAGAACUUCUUCCAAAUUAUAAUACAGGAUUCUUUCUAGUGUGUAGAAUCUGACUCAAAAGUAAAAUAGUUUUGUUUGAUUUAUACUGCUUUCACUAAUCUUUUAACUUUUUUGGUUCUGAAAGUGAUAUUAUUUAUGUAUUUAUAUUGUAUAUGUAAGAAACUAAGUAUUUUUUCAAAUCAAACUGUAAUAUCUUUAUUCUAGAUGUUCUAGGUCUUGGAAUCAUGGCACGGAUAUUCAUACAGAUGUGCGCCUAUAAACAUGCAGCUCCCGGUUUCUUCUCUAUAGGCUUUUGGACUAACGUAAACAUUUUAGUUUUGCAUUUGUGUUUCUAAAAUAAACAUUUCUAAAAUUUACAGUAGUGAAUAUUAUUUUGGUUUUUAAACAGUGAAUAUGCAGAGUUUGACAAUCCAAUCCCUUGACUGUUUGUUUUAGCAGUUCAUGUACAAAAUGUAUUACUACUUCAUGUAAUGUUAGUGACAACAUUCUUCUGUGUAUUAAGUUGUAUUAAUAUUAAGAUUAGAAGUGGUUUCUAAGUAAUACGUUUAAGAUUGUCUAAAAUCUUAAUGUACAGUAUGAAUUUAUAGAGUAGUAACAUUUCAAUUUAUACUUUUUUUCCUAAUAACAAUUUGUAGUCAGAGAAAGGGAAUGGAUAAUAACCACUUUUGAAAUUGGAGUGGCUUCAUUAGUGAGAAUGUUACAUUGCAAUA